UGUGGGUAUAGAGCUUCCGGUUGAGCUUCCGCUAGUUUAGCUGUAGCUUAGCUCUUCUUCACAGCAGCACUUUGUAAUUGAUUGUCCAACAUGAAAAAUUCAGAUUUAUUUCUGAGUCAUCUGUUAAAUCCCAACAGGAGAUAAAUCGGAGGAUCCGCGCAGUUGUGGGUAAAGGAAGUAGUUGCAUCGGAAAACCAUGAGGAAGAGGAGGGUGCCGGAUCUGUACAGAGCCCCCUUUCCAUUAUACAGCAUUAAAGUGGACCCCACCACAGGGCUGGUGAUCACAGCAGGAGGAGGGGGCGCCUCUAAGACCGGCAUAAAGAAUGCUGUGCACUUCCUGCAUCUGGAGCUGGUUGGAGAACACCAGUACAGCACCAGUCUCCUUCACUCCCAUGAUACCGACACCCGUGCUACAAUGAACAUGGCUGUGGGUAACGGUGUGAUUGCUGCAGGCCAGGACGGGACCUGCUGCCUCAUGUCUUAUAAACUCUGCACAAAGAAAGGAAGAAAACAUGCACAAAAAGAUGCCAGGGACGGCGUGCAGCAAGGUAGCACCCGGCGACGAGCUGUGAAAGGAGACAAAGCUGAGGUGGAUGGAGCUGCUGAAUCUGGAGAUAUGUCAGAUACCGUGGAUGAGACGGCUCACAUCACAGUGACCGGACUCGCUGACCUUCAGUCGGACCUGAACCCACAGGACCCGCUCCAGAAAGUAGUACGGUUCAGUCCUGACAUGAGUCUUCUGCUGACGGGAGGUACUGACGGACACAUCCGAGUCUGGGAGUUUCCCUCCCUAAAGAAGAAGUUUGACUUUAGGGCACAUGAAGGAGAGAUUGAAGACUUGACCAUCAGCCCAGAGAAUAAGCACCUGGUGACUGUUGGCAGAGAUUUUUCCUGCUGUGUAUGGAGCGGUGACCAGUUGGCUAUGGGUCUGAACUGGAAUGAAACCAUGCCUCAUAUAGCUGAAAAGUCUUAUCGAUACCUGGCUUGCAGGUUUGGAAGGGUGGAGGACCAAAAAGAUGCUCUGAGGCUCUACACGGUUCAGAUCCCCCACAAGCGAGAACGGAAACCUGUUCCCUGUUAUCUCACAAAGUGGGAUGGGAAGAGCUUCCUGCCCAUGCUCACUUCUCCCUGUGGGGCUGAGGUUAUCUCCAGUCUGGCCAUCAGCGACUCUGGGACAUUUCUUGGCCUUGGAACUGUGACCGGAUCAGUAGCAAUCUACAUCGCUUUCUCCCUACAGAAGUUGUAUUACGUUCAGGAGUCCCACGGCAUCGUUGUGACAGAUUUGGCCUUCCUGCCUGGCUCCCUGAGAGGCAGAAACAUUAAAGGGAACAAUGAAACAGCCAUGUUGAGUGUAGCUGUGGACAGUCGCUGUCAAGUUCAUGCUAUACCUAACCAAAGAUACUUCCCAGUCUGGCUGGUGCUGUUCUUCUGUGGCCUUAUGGUGGUGGCAGCGAUCCUUCUUCUACAGCACCUCUUUCCAGGAUUUAUUUAAAUAAUCAUAUAUUUUUAUCAGUGUUCAGUCCAACAUGUGAAUGCUCCAGUACUACAUGGUAUCUGAACCCAGUGGAGCCUGACCAGGAGGCAGGGAUUUAUUCUUUUAUUCUGCAUUGAAGGCUAAUAAUUCCUCUUUAUCUGUUUAGAAAUUAUUACUGUUGAACGACUCAGGUUAAUGACUGACUAGGACUGGGUUCUGGAUAUUUAAAGACAGAUGUAAAAAAAAUAUAUAGACAUGUGAUUUUUGUUUUUAAACACUGUUUUGAAUAACAGCUUUAUUGUAGGUUUCUUUUUCAGCAGAAAAAGUUGCAGUGCGCUGAGGGGAUAAAUGUUCCUGCUCUGGAAAUCUGAAUGAAGUCAUGACAGUAAAUUUAUAGUGUUCAUGGUCUCUGAAAACUGUGGAAAACAAGUACGGUUGCUAAAAGCAAAGCUAAAGCAACUAGACUAAGCUGAUAUUUUACAGGAGUAAAAGCUUGAAUAUUCCCUUUAAUAAAAAGAAAAAAAGACCUUGAACUUAAAGUCUGAAUUAAACAGAAAUUAAUGUAAAUUUAGUUAAAUGCAUUAUUUAUUGUUGUCUCUGCUGAAGACUCCUCAGUAAAAGCCGACAUCAGCCA